AUGUAUGUGAAUCAUAAUUACGUUAUUAUUAUUAUUAAAAAUAUUUGGAAAGUGAAAUUGUUCUUUACGUUGAUUUUCAUCAGUUCUUCAAUUUUUGAUAUAAUAAUUAAUCCGACUUUUGCAUAUGAGACUGCAAUAAAUCAUGUUGAAUCAAGCAACAAUGGCCUCAAAGUAGUUGAUGGGAUUAAUUAUCAGGAUGGAACAAUUUUAUUAAGAUUGUUGAAUCCUUUAAAUUACUGUAAUGAGAAUACAAUCUAUUUACGAUUAGUCCAUACAAAUGAAACUGUUACAACUUUAAAUUUAAAUAAUUUGAACAUUCCAUGGGAAAAUUUUUGCUACAAACUUGCAUUGGUUGCUAAUAGUAAACAAAGUAGUGGUGGUAGCAGUAGUGGUGAUAGCAUUACAAUAAAUGCUAUAGCUUAUAAAUAUAUAUUAAUAAAUUAUUUUUGUAAUCGUUCCAUUUCUAAUAAAGUUUGUGGUGAUGUCGUUACUUGGACUGGUGAAUUAGUAAGUAAUAUUGAAUUUGAGAAUGUAUGUGAUGACAGUAUAAUUAUUCAAAGCCAUAAAAAAGAUGAUGGAUUUUUGCGUGUGUGUUAUGUUAAAGAUACAAAAGAAAUCAUUUGGACAAAAUACAGUGUACCAAAUAUUUCUACUGGUACAAUAUUAGAAACUUCUACUGGAAAAUUAACAGAUAUAACCAACUUUAACCCAAACAUUACAAAGUUCUUUUCAAGAGAAGAUGGAAGUUAUGCCAUGGUAACUUGUACAACUGACACAAAAACAACUACUGAUAGUAAUCAAUUUACUGGAGAUUGGACAAUUGCUGUAACAUUUUUAUCUGUUGAUGAUAGUUUGCAACCAACAGGCCCUUUUGAGUUAUAUAAAAGUAAAACAAAUGGUAAUGGUUCGAUUGAUAUUGUUAAUAUCCAUAGGUGUGAUCUCGCCUAUUACUUUUCAGGAUACAGUUGUCUGAUUACAAUUGUUAGAUCAACAAACAUAUCAUUUAUAGAUAUUGAUUUCACAUCUUCUGGUAACUUGUAUUCGGUAACACCAGAAUUUUCAAUUGCUCAAGUUUCAAAUACAACAACAACAAUAUGGGAUGUUCAAACAUUGUAUUAUGGUGGAUAUGUUAUUUUAGUAGAGACUGUUCCGACUGGUAAUGUUGAUGGACACAUUUGUAGUAAUAAUGGCACCUAUUUUGGAAAUUGGAGCUUCUCAAGCCAAUAUCAAUACACUAAUAAAAUUGCAGGGGUUCUGCCUGACAAUACACUAUGGACAAUACCUAAACAACCAACUGACGAUUAUUCUUGGACAUGUUUAUUGACCGAUGCUUUAACCAAUUAUAGUACAGUUCAAGGUAAUAAUGGUAGUUUCAAUACUAUUAGUGGGUUUCCUGGUGGUCCUGGAGGUUAUGGAUCUGAUAGUAUAUUGUCAACAGUGCCAGAAAAAAAUUCAAGCAUAAUUUCUGCAAAUACUGAUUCAAUCACAAUAACUUAUACUAAAUCAGUUAAAAAAUCAUCAGGAAAUAUUAAUAUUUACCAAUUACGUUCUAGCACAAACAUUAAUAUUAAUAACAAUGAUGAUUACUAUGAUGAGAGUGAAGAUUUAUUGCGUCAAUCAUGCUCUGGUCAAUCUGAUUAUGUUCAAAUCGAAGGUAACACUGGUACAACAUAUUACACAUCAUUAUCAAUAAAUGAUCAAUUGGAUUUUGUUGGCAAAUUGUCAAAUGAAUUAUCCAAUGCACUUCCAUGUGAUAUAGCACGUAUAAAAAUAUCAACAAAAUAUCAAUAUAGUCAUAACAACCAUGAUAGUAUCAAUGACAAUCUUAGUAAGAUCAUAUUCAAAAAUUAUGAAAUGAAUAUCACAACUAAUUCAACUGAUCAAAUAUUUAUGAGAAUUGAUAUUGAGGGAACAUCAUCAAUAACAGAAUUGAGUGCAAUACAAUUAGCAAGUGAUUUGAAUGAAUUGAUAAUAAAUAAAAAUGCUACGUUAUUAUCUAAAGGAUUAUACACUAAUUUGAUUGAUUCUGGUUACGGGGCUGAACAACUAGACAAUACACCAACAUCUAAUAUUGGCGAUGAUCCAAAAAGUAGUGAAUCAGAAGCAGCAAAUGGCAAGGACAUUGAUGAUAACAGUAGUAAUAGUAAUAGUGAUUCUCAGAGACCUGAAGAUAGUGAUUAUGAAAAUCAAGGUGAACCUGUUGCAAUUUAUAAAAACAUCACAAGUGGAAUAUUAGAAACUGAAGAAGUUGGUAAAUCAUCAACAGGAAUUGUUGUACCUUCAUUAUCGCCUUCUUAUACACCUAAUAUAUCACUUGAUACAUCAUCAUCCUCUCCAACAACAAUGUCCUCAAUUUACCGUUUAAAAAAUGCUGUUCAAAAUUAUGAAUGGGGUAAGAUUGGUUCUGAUAGUAAAGUAGCACAAUUUGCUAAAGUCCAAGAUGGAUUUAUACUUGAAAAUGAUAAACCUUAUGCUGAGCUUUGGAUGGGUACUCAUCCCAAUGGACCAAAGAUUGCUGAUAAAUAUAAUCAAGAUUUACCAUUUCUAUUUAAGGUUUUAUCAGUAAAUAAAGCUCUUUCUAUUCAAGCUCAUCCCGAUAAAGAACUUGGAAGAAUAUUAUUUGAUGUGGUAUUAGAAGCAAAAAAAGAAACUUAUAGAAGAUUUUUAGGGAUCAUAUCCCGUCACUCACAAUAG